AUGUAUCGACGAGCGUUGGAUGGAUACGAGAAAGCAUGGGCCCCGGAGCAUACAUCCACACUCGAUACCGUCAACAAUUUGGACAAUCUUUAUGCAGAUCAGGGCAACCUGGCAGAGGCCGAGAAGAUGUAUCUGCGAGCAUUAACGGGUUAUAAGAAGCUUAGAGGAUUAAUCCAGGACCUUUAUAAGCAAUGCCAAAAAGCGUCCGAAGAAGUCGCAAAGGCGGUGUGCCAAGGAGAUGAAGAGAAAGUGGAGAAGUCCGAAAUGUUGGAAGGGAAUCUGUUGAAGCAGAUGGAGCAGAGCCAGAUUAUUGACGAGUUUCGCAAGAAGAUUAUGGAGAGAAGGGAGCGUGAAGGAGAAUUGAGGGAGAAACUAGCGAAGACGGAAACAAGGCAUAAAGUGCGGGAAGCUAUAAAGACUGGAAAAGAGAAGCCAGUCAGUAAUGGCUCGAGCUCGGCAGAGAAGUACAACACGAUAGGGAAGGGUAAGUCAAAACAUUUAAAGACCAUUACGAAAGCAAGCACAGAUAGGGAAUUUCGGUGA